AUGAAUUCACUUCACUCAUCUUGUUGGAAUACCUCAGCUGAACUUUUGAACAAGUCCUGGAAUAAAGAGUUUGCUUAUCAAAUUCCCAGCCUUGUGGAUGCAGUCAUUCUCCCUUCCAUGAUUGGGAUUAUCUGUUCAAUGGGGCUGAUUGGCAACAUCCUCAUUGUAGUCACCAUAAUAAGGUCCAGGAAAAAAACGAUCCCUGACAUUUACAUCUGCAACCUGGCUGUUGCUGAUUUGGUGCACAUCAUUGGAAUGCCUUUUCUUAUUCACCAGUGGGCCCAGGGGGGAGAGUGGGUAUUUGGGGGGCCUCUCUGCACCAUCAUCACAUCCCUGGAUACCUGCAACCAGUUUGCCUGUAGUGCCAUCAUGACUGUAAUGAGUGUGGACAGGUACUUGGCUCUUGUCCAACCAUUUCGACUUAUGAGUUGGAGAACGAGGCACAAGACUAUCCGCAUCAAUUUGGGCCUUUGGGCAGCUUCUUUUAUUCUGGCGUUGCCUGUUUGGGUCUACUCCAAGGUCAUCAAAUUUAAAGACGGGGUUGAGAGUUGUGCUUUUGAUUUAACAUCCCCUGACGAUGUACUCAGGUAUACACUUUAUUUGACGAUGGUGACUUUUUUUUUCCCUUUACCUUUGAUUCUGGCAUGCUAUAUUUUAAUUUUAUGCUAUACUUGGGACAUGUAUCAACAAAAUAAGGUUGCUGGAUGUUACAGUCCCAGUGUUCCAAGGCAGCGGGUGAUGAAGCUGACAAAGAUGGUGCUGGUGCUGGUGGCAGUCUUUAUCCUAAGUGCUGCCCCCUAUCACGUGAUACAGCUGGUGAACGUACAGAUGGAGCAGCCUAUGCUGGCCUUCUAUGUGGGGUAUUACCUCUCCAUCUGUCUCAGCUAUGCCAGCAGCAGCAUUAACCCUUUUCUCUACAUCCUGCUGAGUGGAAACUUCCAGAAACGCCUGCCUCAAAUCGAAAGGAAGGUGACUGAGAGGGAAAUCAACAAUAUGGAAAACACCCUGAAAUCAAGCUUUUAG